GCUCAUUAAAAUAAGAGCAAUCAAAUAAACAUGAGUUGUACAACAAAAAUUAGUUAUACCAUACUGUAUUUGCUUAUAAUUAAUUCAGUUGCUGUGUUUCUGCUCUGUUCUGUACUUGACUGGGCCUUCCCAUAUGCAUUUUUACUUCUUUCCUUUUAGGAAAGCUCAAUUCCCCUGACCUUAUUUGUAGAAACUAUUCCUUGUUUAUACUGUUUCCCUCAUUUUCUAACUCUUUUUUUAAUCUGCUACAAGACAUUUAAAAUAAUUUUGUUUAUAUGUAUCAACAUGGAUGGAUCGCGAUGGGUCGGACACGACUUCGCAACUAACAAUAACAACAUCAACAUGGAUGCAUGGAUGUAUUAAUUAUGUAAUUUUACUGGAUUAUCUAAGAUUAUCCUUUGCCACUGAAGAUAAUUUAUAUUAUGUUAAGUUGACCUUUCUUUUAAAAAUAUUUUUCUUUAUAAGUCCUUGCUUAAUGACUGGUAACUUAACAAUUGUCCAGCUUAAUAGCCUUGGAAAGGAUGCUUUAAGGCCUGUAAAGCACUUCCGACCAUCACAAAGCAUGUGUGCACACACAACAUCAUGUGAGUGUGAUGCGGAUGUGUGAUGUGGAUGCUUGACAACCUGUCCCUACUUACGGGCAUUACCAACAUUCAAAUCACAUGAUAACGUUCAUGUUAUAGCUCACUCUAUUACAGAAUAUUAUACAAAUAAUAUUGGAAAUAUUGGUCUCUCAUAUUAAAAAUUAUGAUAGCUAUGAUUGUUAUCUUGGUUAACUUCUGUGUAAAAAAAAAUCAACUCAAUUUCGAUACUUGUGUUAUGCCUUAUUUGCUUUGAAAAAUUGUUCUAUCCAUCAGAACCUUCCAUUUCUCCUAUUCCAGGUUGAGUACUUUUCUCAGCAAAAAGUUGUCCAUCCUUAGGAUGUACAUUUACAGCUUUACUAACUUCUGGGGGAAGCUGAAUUUUUUAUUUCUUUUCCAAAAUAAUUUUAUUAAAUCAUAGGGCUGGGAGGGACCUUGGAGGUCUUCUAGUCAAACCCCUAUUACAAUUCCAGGAGACAAGCUGUUCCAUUGAAUGAUUGUUCUCAUUGUCAGGAAAUUUCUCAUUAGUUCCAGGUUGAAUCUGUCUUUAAUGAACUUCUACCUAUUGCUUCUUUUUUUGGGGGGGGGGCAAUUUUUUAAAAAUUUUCCAUAAUAAUUCCCACAAUUUAACCAGUGUACAGUACAAUCACUUAUCCAACAAUCGAUCCUAUACUCAGAUUAUGCUCAAUCAGGCCUGCUUAGUCGCCACUCCCUUCCUUAAUCCUUCCUACUCUUCUCAUCCUUCUUCUACUUUCCCCACCAUCCUCUCCUCGCUUUCCUACUUCCCCACCUCUUUCCCACUUCUCACUUCCAUCCUUUCUAACCCUCUAUCUUCCCCUCCUUCUCCUCCUCCUAUCCUUUCUUCUCCCUCCCUUUUUUCCUACCUGCCUGCCAACUUUCUUCCUUCUUUACUCUUCUUUCCUUACCCUUUCCCUUCCGGAAUGGUUACUGAGCAGCCCCGACUUUACACCAUUCCAACUUGUUUAAUUCUACCAUUAUUCCUGUACAAUGGCAAUCAAUUUAUAAUCUUCCCCUUCCCUCCCCCAUUUCCCCCCUCCCCCCCGAGACUUCCCAGAACAGAAUACAGGAUAUAGUAACUAACAAACAUAAUCUAAAAUAUAACAUCAAACAUAUUCCAUUUCACACCAUCACACUAUCAAUUCCUUUCUUUCUUAAACUCUAAUACAUAGCAAUUCCUAACUUCACUGAAAAAGUAAUUGGUAUUUUUUAAUCUGAUACUUAUUUUGAAUAUAAUCAAUCCACUUUUUCCAUUCCAAAAUAUAUUUUUCUUGUGUAUAUUCUUUCAAGUAGGGAGAAAUUUUUGCCAUUUCUGCUAAAUUUGAUACUUUACUAAUCCAUUCUCCAAUUGUAGGUAAGUCUUCUUUCUUCCAAUAUUGUGCAAUCAAUAGUCUUGCAGCAGUUAUUAAAUUCAAAAUCAGUUUUGCCUCUAUAACAGUGCAAUCUGGAAUUAUUCCUAAUAAAAGGAACUGUGGAACAAACUUGAUCUUCUUUUUCAAAAUGUUUUGCAUAAUCCACCAUAUUUUAAUCCAAAAAGUUUUAACUUUUUUGCAAGUCCACCAUAUAUGAUAAUAGGUAGCAUCCUCACAAUCGCAUCUCCAACAUUUUGCUUUCACAUUUAGAUACAUACAUGACAGUUUUUUAGGAUCUAAAUGCCAUCUAUAAAACAUUUUAUAAAAAUUUUCUCUUAAAUUUUGUGCUUGCGUAAAUUUAACAUUCCUCACCCAAUAUUUUCCCCAUGUUUCUAACAUUAUAGGUUGUUGAAAAUUUUGUGCCCAUUUUACCAUAUAAUCUUUAAUCAACUCCAUUUCUGAAUCAAUUUCAACCAAUACAUUAUAUAAUCUCUUUAUAUGCUGUUGACCUUGAUCUUUUAUUUGUUUUACCAAGUUAUCAUCACUUUGCCUUAUACCAAUUUUCUGAUCUAUUUUCCAUCUAGAUUGCAAUUGUCCAUACUGGAACCACGUAUAAUUUCUCCCUUCAUCCCUCAAUUUAUCCCUAGAUUUUAACUGUAAUUCCCCUUUUUCCAUAGUCAAAAGCUCUUUGUUAAGUGAUAACCUCCAUUUUUUGUAAUAUAUUUAUAUUCUCUAUCAUAUGUCUGGGGAUAGUCCAUAUUGGUAUCUUUCCAUCUAACUUAUAAUGAUAUUUUUUCCAAACCCUCAACAAAGCACUUCUGACCAUAUUAUUCUUAAAUAUCUUAUCAAUUUUCUUGUCAUAUAUUACAUAUGCAUGCCAUCCAUAUAACAAACCAUAACCUUCUAUAUUCAAAAUCCUUUCCUCUGUUAAAUUAAUCCAAUCAGAAAUUAAAGCUAAAGCAACUGCAUCAUAGUACAAUUUCAAGUUAGGCAUUUUUAAACCCCCUCUUUCCCUAACGUCUUGCAUUAUUUUUAACUUUAUUCUCGGUUUUUUACCCUUCCAUACAAAAUUACUAAUCCCUUUUUGCCAUUCUUGUAAAUUUGCAUCUUUCUUCAAUAUUGGAAUCAUUUGAAACAAAAAUAAAAAUCUAGGCAAAACAUUCAUUUUUAUAGCUGCCACUCUUCCCAACAAUGAUAAUUGUAACUUCUUCCAAUUCUCCAUUUCUUUAAUUACUUUUCCCCACAAUACCUCAUAAUUAUUUUUAUAUAACUUUACAUUCGAUGCUGUAAUAUAUACUCCUAGGUAUUUAACCUUUUUAACUACUUCAUAUCUAGUUAUUCUUUCUAGUUCUUCUCUCUGAUGUGUAUUCAUAUUUUUAAUUAUCAUUUUUGUCUUCUGUUGAUUCACUUUAAACCCAGAUACCUUACUAUACUGAUCAAUUGUCUCCUUUAGAUAUACAGCUGAAUGUAUUGGUUGAGAUAAAGAAACAACCAGAUCAUCUGCAAACGCUCUUAAUUUAUAAUCUUGAUUUUUAAUUCUAAUUCCUUUUAUUCGAUCUAAACCACGUAUAUUACUCAAUAAUAUUUCCAAAGUUAGAAUGAAUAAUAACGGUGACUUGGGACAUCCUUGUCUAGUCCCUUUCUCAAUAUAAAUCCACCAUUUACUAUUAUUUGAGCUGUUUGCUUUUGAUAUAUAGCCUUAAUUGCUUGAAUAAAAUAAUCCCCAAAUUGCAUUUUUUCUAUUACUUUAAACAAAAACUGCCAAUCCAAUCUAUCAAAAGCUUUUUCCGCAUCCAAAAAGUAGAGUGCUGCUGAAACCUGGCUGUUUCUUUCCAAAUAUUCAAGUAAAUUUACAGUUCGUUUCAUAUUAUAUCUCAUCUGUCUCCCCUUAAUAAAUCCUGUUUGAUCAUUAUGUAUUAAUUGAGUCAUCAGUGGCAUCAAUCUAUUUGCUAAUAUCUUAGCAAAUAUCUUAUAAUCAGUAUUUAAAAGCGAUAUUGGCCUAUAAUUCUCUGGUUUAACACCAUCUCAAUCUUCUUUAGGUAUUAAUGAAAUAAAAGCUGUCCUCCAUGAGGGAGGAGCUUCUCCUCCCCUUUGUAUUCUGUUGAAUAACUCCUUAAGUGGUACAAUCAUCUCAUUUUGUAAAUUUUUAUAAUAAGUAGUUGUCAAACCAUCUGUACCUGAUGCUUUAUUCGCUUUAAGGUGCUUAAUUGCAAACACUAUUUCCUCUGAAUAAAUUAAUUGAUUCAACUCUUCCCUUUGAUCUACUGUAAUUUCUAAGAUACCGUGGUCCUGUAAAUAUCUAUCUAUAUAUUUAUCAUUAAUCAUAAUAUUCUAAAAAGGCUUUUUUAAUCAAGUUUUGCUGAUAUACUUCCUUACCUCUAUAUUCUAUUUUAUCAAUUAUAUAUCGUUUCUGUUUCUUUCUUAAUAAAUAUGCUAACCACCUUCCAGGUUUAUUAGUAUUAUUGAACAAAUUAUGCUUUGCAUAUUGUAAAUUAGUUGCCACCUGAUCAGCCAUUAACAUAUUAAAUUGACCUCUUAAUAUAUUUAUUGACUCUUUUAUUUUACUAUCUCUUGGAUUACAUACCAAUAACUGCUCCUUCCUUUUAAUUUCCUCUUCUAAUUCUUUUCGCUUUUUCUGCAAUCUAUUUCUAUAUUUAUUAUUCAUAUCUAAUAAAAUUCCCCUCAUAUAAAGUUGAAAUAAAUAAAUAAAUAAAUAAGCCUUGCUGGUGUCCCAAACUAUCUCUAUAGAUGUCCCCUUAUCCAUAUGCAAAGAAAAAAAUUCCUUCAUUUGAGUUUUACAUUCAUUUACAUUUUGUUCAUAUUUAAACAAAUUCUCAUUCAUCCUCCACGACCUCCUGGCCUCCUUUUCCCGAUCUAGCUCAAUCCAAACCGGACUAUGAUCAGAAAAAGUUCUAGAGUAAAUUUUUGACUUCUUCACUCUGAAAAAUAAAUCAUUACCUAUUGCUUCUUGUCCUGUCCUCCCUGUGACAACCCCUCAAGUACUGAAAGACAGCUAUCAUGUCCUCCCUAGACAUCCCUAGUUUCCUUAACUGUUUAUCAUGCUAUUUAGUCUUCAGACCCCUUAUCAUCUUCUCUUUGCUCUUUCUAGUAUUUCAAUAUCUUUUGUAUUGUGACAACCAGAACUGAAUGCAGUAUGCCUAGUGCAGUAUAUAGCACUUACUAUCACUUUUUGUGAUCUUGAUGCUAACCCUCUGUUGAUGUACCUAACAUUGCAUUGGCUUUUUGACAGCUGCAUCAUACUGCUGACUAAUAUUUAAAUGGUGGUUGUGACUUGGUGGCCUGGCAGGAGAGAGAGGGGAACUGUGCCAUGCAUUUGGUGGGCUGGGGCACGUGUGUGCAGCCCAACUUGCACAAAUUGAGCUGUGCGUGUGCACAUAUGAUGGCCGGUUGUGAAUAAGCCACAGCCCAGGGAUUGGGGACACUGCACUAGGACACCUAAAUCCCUCUAAUGUUGAGCCAGGUACUACCUAUUCUAUACUUGUGCAUUUGAAUUUUCCUUCCUAAGUGCAGGACCAUUCUCACUACUGAACUGCAUCUUGCUGGAUAGAAUCCAGUUUUCAAGACCGUCAAGACUCUUCUAAAUCUUGAGUCUACCAGCUAGAGUGUUGGCAAUUUCCCUCCAGAAACUGCAUUCCUAAGAUGAUUGACAACUAGAGACCUGUGGAAGAAGAUUACCACGAGGGGCCGAGAAGGAGCUGGCAUUGGACCAGACCAGCCUGACCUCCUGAAGGAGGAGGGACAAUUGGGGGGAUAUGAUAUGUUAGCCAUAUUUUGUCUCAGAUCCAACUUUACUAAGCUGCUAUCAAGACUGUAACUAGUAAAAGUACUUUUCUUUAUUGCAAAUGAAGUCAAGGUGAAUUCUUUCCUAGUUAUAAUCAGAGGCAGUCUGACAUUAAGUUGGAUCUCCUCAGCAUGUUGACCAACCAGGAUUGCAACCGCAAUACCGAGGUGGGAGAUAGAAAAAAUGUGAUGGAAGGCCAGCUGCCGGCUGAGCCGGGGGAGGCGUCCGGAGGAAUUUCUGCUGACACUUUUAACCCUGAGCUGGAAGAUUGCAGAGCUCGGUGGAUAGAGCAAUUAAAGCUGGAAGAGAAAGGUUGGAAACCAGACACAGAAGAGCUUCCCUCUGGAGUGACAAAAAGGAAAAAAAAGGGGAAGGAAAGACUUUCGGAAGCAGAACAAGAGAUAAGGGACAAGCUCCAGUUGGAGGAGGCCUUGCGCCUUUUCCGCGAAGUGAAAGAAAGACAAGCAGCUCGCCAAAGGUAUGAAUCCCCUAUUCGGUCCUCCAGGUGGGAGGGAGAAGAGGAGGAAGAAAUUACCAAGGGGCCCGAUGGAGGAGUUUCCCAGGGCGGAGAGAUUUCAGAAGGCCCAGAGCUAGAAAACCCUUUCCCAGAGGCAGCUGAAUUGGGUAGAGAACGCAUGCCACCUGCUGACCAAGCGAGGCUGCGCAGGGGAAGGAAAAAGCCAAAAAUUCCCCCCAUAUCAGAGAAAUUUGAUGGAAAUGCCAAGGAGCUGGAACUGUUCCUGGCGAUAGUGAAUGACCACAUGAUAGACUGGGGGGAAGAUUAUUGGUCACAGGCAGCACAAGUUAGAGCUGUGACCCACAACUUGACAGGAAGAGCAGCUGCAUGGCUUGUGUCGCUAUAUACCAACCACUCCCCAUUACUGCAAAACUACGAGCAUUUUAUUACUGCACUGAGGAGGAGGUUUGAGGACCCCCUGGCAGAGCAGAAGGCCAAAGGUCGAAUGAAAACCAUCAGGCAAGGGAGGAGACCGGUGGCUGAUUACAGCCAGGAGUUCAGUGAUUUAGUUCCCUUGAUGAGAGGGUGGUCGGAGGUGACCCUUGUGGACAUUUACAAAGAUGGUCUGAAUGGAGAUCUCUAUGAACUGUGUCGGGCACGAGCCUCUCCAACCACGUUGUACGGCUGGUACACCCUGGCAGCGGAGAUGGAAAUCGAACUAGUGAAGGACCGUGGCAGAAGACUGCGCACUGGAGGACUGUACCCUGCCCAUUCUCCUGGAGGCGCUUAUAGGGACGUCCCUAGAUCGGAGGGUGGGAGACAACGUUCGACUGCGUGCUACAGAUGUGGGAAAGAAGGCCACCGAGCAGCCGACUGUCGGGUGAAGUUGGUGCCAAGCACGACCUCUGGUGGUGAAAAGGAACCAGUGAAACCAGCUGCUAAGGCGCGAAAGCCGGCAAAAGUGGGGGAGGGCGUUGCCAAGAAGGGCACGCCCAUCAAGGAGGAUUGUGAAGCAUCAACCGAUACUGAUGACAGUAAAACCACGUCAGAGUCCGAUGAAGACCUUCUGGUGAGUUGGACACGGGGCCCCUUGGACAUUCCAGUCAACCUGCAUGUACCCUCUUCGGGUAAUAAGGGGGAAAUGCUUGCACUACUAGAUUCUGGAUGUACUAGAUGCAUGAUCAGUCCCGAACUAGUAGAAAAAAUGGAACUAAAAUUGAGAACCCUAAGUAAGCCCAUAGCGUUUGCCCAGUUGGAUGGCUCUGUGGCAGGGGGAGGACCCGCCCAUUUCGUAACAGAACCCAUAGAAAUGAUAAUAGGAGACCAUCGCGAGAUUCUAAACUUCAUAGUAGCCCCAGGGAUGGACCAACCCUUGCUGCUAGGGCUGUCAUGGUUGCGGAAAUGGAACCCCCAUAUUAACUGGAGAACGGGAGUCUUACGUUUCCGCUCAAGAACAUUAAAAAGGGAAAAAGGGGAACCCAAGGAGAGAUCGACUGUGGCCAUGUUCCAAGAUACGUUGGGGGCAAUGGUUGAGCGGAUAGACAGGGAGGAGAGGAUACCUAAGGAAUACUGGGACUUGCGAGAAGUCUUUAGUGAGAAAGCAUCAGACGUUCUUCCUCCCCAUAGGCCUAUUGACUGUGCUAUAGACAUCCUUCCGGGGGUAAAGCUUCCAAAACCAAAAGCUUACCCCAUGACCCAAAAGGAAUUGGAGGAGCUACGUAAAUUCAUAGACAAAAACUUAGAGCGGGGCUUUAUCCAGCUGGCUAGGCCUCGCGUGGCUGCGCCAGUGAUGUUCCGGGAAAAGAAAGAUGGCUCCUUUCGUCUGAUAGUUGACUAUUGGAACCUAAACGCAGUGUGCGCCGAAAACAUAUACCCCAUGCCGCUCAUGAAAGAUAUGUUAGCACAUUUAGCGAAAGGAAAGUUCUUCACCAAAUUGGACCUGCGAGAAGCUUACUACAGAGUUCGUAUAAAGGAGGGGGACGAAUGGAAAACCGCUUUCAACUGUCCACUAGGAUGUUUCCAGUUUCGAGUACUGCCAUUUGGACUGCAGGGGGCUCCCGCAGUUUUUAUGCAGCUGAUAAACGAAAUACUCCAUCAGCAUUUGUUUAAAGGGGUUCUUGUCUACCUUGACGACAUACUUAUCUAUACAGAAACAAUGGAAGAACAUAUUAAACUAGUAAGAGCUGUUCUCAAAAAGUUAUUAUCUGCAGAACUGUAUUGCAAGCUAUCCAAAUGUGAUUUCCAUCAAACUAAAAUAGACUACUUAGGGUAUCGCAUUUCAGCUGAUGGAUUAGAAAUGGAUCCGGGAAAAGUGAAAGCUGUCUUGGAAUGGGCCCCCCCACGCACACGCAAGCAGCUGCAAAGUUUUUUAGGAUUCGCAAAUUUUUAUCGUCAAUUCAUCCCCUCCUUUGCUCAAAUUGCUUUACCAAUAACCAACCUCUUGAAAACUAAAGGAGACACAAAACCCAAACCAUCAUUACCUCUCGAAUGGACAAUGGAAUGUCAAGCAGCGUUUGAAAAGUUGAAACGACUGUUUGCCGCUGAACCUAUUUUAAAACACCCCGACAUGGAUGUUCCUUUUGUGAUACAAGCGGAUGCCAGUGAUGUAGCAGUCGGAGCCGUUUUACUCCAAAACAAUGUUGAUGGUAAACUACAACCUUGUGCUUUCACUUCUCGAAAAUUGACUGAAACUGAAAGACGGUGGGCUAUUUGGGAAAAAGAAGCAUUUGCAGUUCAUUGGGCCCUACGCACAUGGAGACAAUUCUUAGAGGGUUCAAAUCAUCCUUUUGAAGUUUGGACUGAUCACAAAAAUCUAGAAGCCCUGAAAACUCCUAGAAAACUUUCACCUAAACAAGCCCGCUGGGCUCAAUAUUUUAACCGCUUUAAUUUCACUCUACAUUACAUUCCUGGGGGGAAAAAUUUUUUAGCGGAUGCUCUCUCACGUUUGCCCCAAUACAAUUGCACUCGCUCCGACGUGGUUCAGCCAAUACUUCCCGUUCAACAGUUAGCAGCCCCGGCUAUAACUCGAAGCCACUCCAAAGCCAAACCAUCAUUCCCAGAUGAACUGACCAAGUCGUUUAAAGAAGCUUUAAACUCCGAUGACUGGUACUUAGCGCAUUCCCAUGAAUGCACGCUCUGUGAUGGACUAGCUUGGAUUGGAAUGAAACUAUAUGUUCCUCUAUCACUCAGAGAAACCAUCCUACAACGAUGCCAUGAUGCCAAAAUGGCAGGACAUUUUGGAUUUGUAAAAACCUUGCAUCUUCUUAAAAGACAAUUUUGGUGGCCAAGUCUUAAAAAAGACAUCCAAGCAUAUGUAGCAAGUUGCCCUGUUUGCGCAUCAUCCAAAAGGCCUCCAGGAAAACCUCCUGGGCUACUUCAAACGGUAGCCAGGCCAGGAACCCCAUGAAAAGAAAUAUCCAUGGAUUUCAUAGUGGAACUACCUGAAAGUUCAGGCAAUACUGUUAUAUGGGUUGUGACUGACCUUUUCUCCAAACAAGUCCAUUUUAUUCCAUGUUCAAAAAUACCCUCCUCAAAGACUCUAGCAAAGUCAUAGAAUCGUCUAUUGUAAUGUCCUUCCUGUUAAAGACUACUUCAGCUUUAAUUGCAAUAAUACAAGAGCAACCAAUAGAUUCAAUGUUAACCGCUUUAAUCUAGAUUGUAGAAAAUAUGACUUCUGUAACAGAAUCAUCAGUGCUUGGAAUACUUUACCUGACUCUGUGGUCUCUUCCCUUAAUCCCAAAAGCUUUAACCAAAAGCUUUCUAAUAUUGACCUCACCCCAUUCCUAAGAGGACCAUAAGGGGCAUGCAUAAGAGCACAAACGUGCCUACCGUUCCUGUCCUAUUGUUUUUCUUUUUCUUCUUUAUAUAUAUAUAUAUAUAUAUAUAAUGGACAAAAAUACAAACAAGUAGAAGGAGCACCCAUGGGAUCACCCCUCUCACCUGUCAUUGCCAAUCUCUACAUGGAACACUUUGAAACCCAAGCUCUAGAAAAAUCUGAUCACAAACCCAAACUCUGGCUCAGAUAUGUAGAUGACACCUUCAUAAUCUGGCCACACGGGAAAGAAAAACUUGACAACUUCCUCACACACCUCAAUAGCCUACACCCCAAAAUACAGUUCACCAUGGAAACAGAAGUUAAUAACCAACUUCCCUUCCUGGAUGUCUUAGUCUACAGAAAACCCAAUGGCUCCCUAGGACACACCAUC